CUCCUAUUUUGUCUACUUUUUUUUACAGAAGUCCAAAUUUGGUUCUUGCGCCUUCGUGGCACGCAAAAUAUCGAUUACUUCAAAAGAAUUAUAUCAACACAAACACUAUAAAGUAUAUAAGACAUCAUCGGUGAUGUCAUCACCACAUCCAUAUCUUUUCCAAAGUUUUCAACCUUUUAUUCCCCGAAAUUUUUUAGCAAAUUCUCUACCUCUAUCUCUCUCUUCUCUGGGAGGAAAAAUGGAGAUAUCGGUUGCAUCGGUAACAAUAUCAGUAGUUCUAGCUGUUGUGUCAUGGUGGAUAUGGAGAACUUUACAGUGGGUUUGGUUUAAGCCAAAGAUGCUUGAGCAUUACCUGAGAAGACAAGGUCUUGCCGGAACACCUUACACGCCUCUAGUCGGCGAUUUGAAGAAGAAUUUCACCAUGUUGUCGGAGGCAAGGUCCAAACCCCUCAAACUAACGGAUGACAUCUCACCUCGUGUCGUGCCUUAUCCCUUGCAAAUGUUCAAGACUUACGGAAGGACUUACUUUACAUGGUUUGGACCUAUCCCAACCAUCACAAUAAUGGAUCCUGAGCAAAUCAAGGAAGUGUUCAACAAAGUUUAUGAUUUCCAAAAGCCGCAUACAUUUCCUUUGGCCACAAUUAUAGCUAAAGGACUCGCUAAUUAUGAUGGUGAUAAAUGGGCAAAACACCGAAGAAUCAUCAACCCGGCUUUUCAUAUAGAGAAGAUCAAGAAUAUGGUACCUGCGUUCCACCAGAGCUGUAGGGAAGUUGUUGGCGAAUGGGAUCAGUUAGUAUCGGAUAAAGGGUCGUCAUGUGAGGUAGACGUUUGGCCUGGGCUUGUGAGUAUGACUGCAGAUGUGAUCUCUCGUACUGCAUUUGGCAGCAGCUACAAAGAAGGGCAGAGGAUAUUUGAGCUCCAAGCAGAACUAGCACAGCUCAUCAUUCAAGCUUUUAGGAAAGCUUUCAUCCCUGGAUAUAGUUAUCUCCCAACAAAAAGUAACAGAAGAAUGAAAGCAGCAGCCAGAGAAAUCCAAGUUAUACUAAGAGGGAUCGUAAACAAAAGGUUAAGGGCCAGAGAAGCUGGUGAAGCACCAAGCGACGAUUUGCUGGGAAUACUUCUUGAAUCGAAUUUGAGGCAAACGGAAGGAAACGGAAUGAGUACCGAGGAUCUGAUGGAGGAGUGCAAGUUGUUCUAUUUCGCCGGGCAAGAGACAACAUCAGUACUUCUGGUUUGGACAAUGGUGCUGUUAAGCCAACACCAAGAUUGGCAGGCUCGUGCACGAGAAGAAGUGAAGCAAGUGUUUGGCGAUAAAGAACCUGAUGCAGAAGGACUCAACCAGCUCAAAGUUAUGACGAUGAUAUUAUAUGAGGUCCUUAGGCUAUAUCCUCCAGUAACCCAGCUGACUCGAGCCAUUCACAAAGAGCUGAAGCUAGGCGAUCUGACCCUACCAGGCGGUGUUCAGAUCAGUCUACCUAUUCUGCUAGUCCAACACGACAUCGAGCUGUGGGGAAACGACGCAGCAGAGUUCAAUCCUGACAGAUUUAAAGAUGGUCUUUCAAAGGCAACAAAGAGCCAAGUCUCCUUCUUUCCCUUUGCGUGGGGACCGAGGAUAUGCAUAGGCCAGAACUUUGCCCUGUUAGAGGCAAAAAUGGCAAUGGCAUUGAUUCUGCGGAGGUUCUCGUUUGAGAUUUCUCCUUCCUAUGUUCACGCACCAUACACAGUCAUCACCAUUCACCCACAGUUCGGUGCUCAGCUUAUCAUGCACAAGCUCUAAUCAGACAACACAUUUGUGUUGUUGUCAAAUAUACAAUAAACUUGUUAUACAGAGAUGAAUCGAGAUAGAUCAUAAUACAAAACUCAAAUCUUUCCUUUUAUGUUCAAAUCAGCACUCGUGUCACACAGAUUAUAACCCUUGAAGCAGUGAUUCCCAAGGAACAAAUCUCUGUUGUGAAACUAAAACCCAAGAUAAAAGGAUCGAAAUUUACGACUCGCCCAGUAUUUGUUCUUCAUAAGCCAUAACCAAACAUGCAAUGCCAAUCAGACGAGUCGAUUACCUUUUGAAAUUGUGCUCAACAGUGCUCGCCUAAAAUCUUAGAAUCUCUUGAAAUUUUGAAACAGAGCACCAAUAGAAAAAUCGAUAACAACAUUGGAGAUUCCCCAAAAUCAUCGCUUCAGAACGCCCUACGGUUUGACUCGCUAAACCCCCACCCUCCGGAACCCUAAUUUCAGAGAACAAAUCGAGAGAUCAACGGCGAGAUUCGCGACAAGGUUCUGACAGCGUUUAAGUUCGGACUGAACGACAACGCUGUUAAGUGUUCGACUGUUGGUUUUUACU